AUGGCCGUCUGUCAAGCCUAUGCGAAGUGUGGCAUCAAACUCCAUUUUGGGUGCAGACUGUUCCCUUGUUGGCUCUUUUUUUUUUUAGUUCCUUCUAUUAGGCAGAAGUGCCUAGCCCUGUAACUUCUGUGUUGGAUCUUAGUUCUUGGUCUCCGAAAGCAAGAGACUGUUCUCUCUUCCACAUUACUGCCCUCCAGAAUGCGAAUUCAGCUGUUACAACUCCUACUCGCACAUUCUUUUCUUUUCUAAGCAAAACCGUCUCAGCUCCGUUGAUGGAUCUUAUAGGACACAUCUGGACCUCUUCGACUCUCCUGCAGGCGAGCAUGCUUCUUAAAAUGCAUUGCCUGAAAUUAAACAUAGUUCUUUACAAAUGCUUUGAAAAACACCUAAAAGGACGAAUUUGUUUGAAUUAUAUUUCUGCUGUGCAGCAUCAGGUUACGUUUGUUUUGAAAAAAAUCAGCGAUAUUGUGCUGUAAGCCCUAGAUCUUUUUUACAUAACCGUAGGGAAGUAGAUUUAUGCCAUCCUGUGUAAGAGAAUUGUUUUUUAUCCUUAAAUAUCAGGACUUCACAUAUAUGAUUGUUUAGGGGUUUUUCCAGCUUGUCAGAAUAAUUACGAAUCUUCAUCUAUUCAGUGUUUUUUUUUGUUUUUGUUUUUACAUAUAUUUGUUGUAAGUAGGCUCCACACAUUGAACUCAUGACCUUGAGAUCGAGAGGCACAGGGUCUACCGACCGAACCAUCCAGGUUCAGAGUAAGGACAGAGCCCUGUGACCUGUCAUUAUAGACUUUCCUCUGCAUUGUCACUGUCUUUACAUUGUUCAGAUAUGGCCAUCAAGUCAGAUCCGACCUCUUCAGAGUCCACCCUUCUCCCAGGGGGCCAUACUCUCCUCCCACCAGCCAGUUUUCACGAAUCCGUGACCUUCAAGGAUGUGAUAGUGGAUUUUACCCAGGAGGAAUGGAAACAGCUGGACCCUGUACAGAGAGACUUGUUCAGGGAUGUGACGCUGGAGAAUUAUACACACCUUGUCUCUAUAGGACUCCAAGUCUCCAAACCUGACGUGAUUUCCCAGUUAGAACAAGGGACGGAGCCAUGGGUGGUGGAGUCCGGUGUUCCGGGAGCUACUGGCGGGGACCAUGACAUCGGACCAGAAGAUAGCCAAGCAGUCCCAGAGCCGGACAUUUCUGAAGAGCAGCCGUGUCACGGGGCAGUGGUGGAAAACCACAAAAGGGAAGACCCUCACGGUUCUGACUUUUCAGAAAGUUGGGGGUACGAAGGCAGUCUGGAGAAGCGUCAGGCACACCAGCAGGCGCUGCCAAGAGAAAUAAAAAUAACCGAAAAGACAAUACCCGCUUGGGAGAGAGGCCCUAUAAAUAAGGACUUUGAAAAAAGCAUCAGUGUAAGCUCAAACCUUGUGACACAAGAAACAUCUGCAGAAGAGACCGCUACUAAGACGAGCGUCAAGCAGAAUACAAACCCGGUCAGAAAAGAGAAAUCUUGUAAGUGCAACGAAUGCGGGAAAGCGUUCAGUUACUGUUCUGCUCUCAUUCGCCAUCAGAGGACGCACACCGGGGAGAAGCCUUACAAAUGUAACGAAUGUGAAAAAGCCUUCAGCCGGAGUGAAAACCUUAUCAACCAUCAAAGAAUUCACACUGGAGAUAAACCCUACAAAUGUGAUCAGUGUGGGAAGGGCUUCAUUGAGGGUCCGUCUCUUACUCAACAUCAAAGAAUCCACACUGGAGAAAAACCCUAUAAAUGUGACGAAUGUGGGAAAGCCUUCAGUCAGAGGACCCAUCUUGUGCAGCACCAGAGGAUUCAUACUGGGGAGAAACCGUACACCUGCAAUGAGUGUGGAAAAGCCUUCAGCCAGAGAGGCCACUUUAUGGAACAUCAGAAAAUUCACACAGGAGAAAAACCUUUCAAAUGUGAUGAAUGUGACAAAACCUUCACCAGGAGCACGCACCUUACUCAGCAUCAAAAAAUUCACACCGGGGAGAAGACCUAUAAAUGCAACGAAUGCGGGAAGGCCUUCAAUGGGCCCUCGACAUUUAUUCGUCACCAUAUGAUCCAUACUGGUGAAAAACCCUACGAAUGCAACGAAUGUGGGAAAGCCUUCAGUCAGCACUCCAACCUCACCCAACAUCAGAAAACACACACCGGGGAGAAGCCGUACGACUGCGCCGAAUGCGGAAAGUCCUUCAGUUACUGGUCCUCCCUCGCUCAACAUCUGAAAAUUCACACCGGAGAGAAACCUUACAAGUGCAACGAAUGCGGGAAGGCCUUCAGUUACUGCUCGUCCCUGACGCAGCAUCGGAGAAUUCACACCAGGGAAAAGCCCUUUGAAUGCAAUGAGUGCGGAAAGGCUUUCAGUUAUCUCUCCAACCUGAAUCAACAUCAGAAGACUCACACCCAGGAGAAAGCUUAUGAAUGUAAGGAGUGUGGGAAAGCCUUUAUUCGGAGUUCAUCUCUUGCUAAACACGAAAGAAUUCACACCGGUGAGAAGCCCUAUCAGUGUCACGAAUGUGGGAAAACCUUCAGUUACGGCUCCUCCCUGAUUCAGCACAGGAAGAUACACACCGGAGAAAGACCUUACAAGUGUAACGAGUGCGGGAGAGCCUUCAACCAGAACAUACACCUCACGCAACACAAGCGGAUUCACACGGGAGCAAAGCCUUAUGAGUGCGCGGAGUGUGGCAAAGCCUUCCGGCACUGUUCCUCUCUUGCUCAACAUCAAAAGACUCACACGGAAGAAAAACCCUACCAGUGUAAUAAAUGCGAAAAGGCUUUCAGCCAGAGCUCUCACCUGACUCAGCACCAGCGAAUUCACACGGGAGAGAAGCCCUACAAGUGCAACGAGUGUGACAAAGCCUUCAGCCGCAGCACGCACCUGACCGAACACCAGAACACGCACACGGGGGAGAAACCUUAUAACUGUAACGAGUGCAGGAAGACUUUCAGCCAGAGCACGUACCUCAUCCAGCACCAGAGGAUUCACUCGGGAGAGAAGCCUUUUGGAUGUAGCGACUGCGGGAAAGCCUUCCGAUACCGCUCUGCUCUCAACAAGCACCAGAGACUGCACCCGGGCAUAUGACCCUGGCGGGAACAUCACAGACGUGGCGGACACAUUUGCUCCGGCCUGUCCUUUGGUUAAGUGCUGAAGAUUCAGAGUGAAGUGAGAAACUGCCUAAAAGAUGUUAACUUUUCACGGUCGCACUAUGGAAGGGAAAGUACAUUGGGAUGAAGUAAUCCAGUGGUUUCCGAGCAACUUUGUGACAUUGGAAAAUUCGACUGUUUUAAGCUUCACUUUGCUCCGUGAAUGAGGGGAUUUGGAGUGGACGCUUUCAAAGGUUGUUUGGAAUUUUAUAUUCCACUUUUUUGUGUUCACAGUGUACUCUUGAACGGGGUCACUGCACGUCAGCAUUUUGCUGUGUCGCAUCUAGAGUGUGUAUAUUUAUGCAUGUUUUGCCAAUAGAAAGCGUCUGUGCUUCAGUAACUAGGCUGGGGAUCUCUUAUGCUUCUGUUCUGAUGCAUUUAAGUUGAUUAACUGGUUCCUAAUAAAAAGAACUGUAAAGCAUUCUUAAAUUAA